UAUAAAUAAUAAAUAUAUUUUAUUUCAGACGAAACAGUUUAGAGAUGGAUUAGACAGUUUUGGAGUUCCAUCAGCUGUCGUAAGCAAAAAGCAGAUGAAUCCAGCUAAAUGGUGGAUUCAUUUUGGAACGUCAGCAAAAAAUUUGAGAAAUAUGGCUAUCCGUAUUCUUUCUCAGACGGUCUCUGCUAGUGGCUGUGAGUGUAAUUGGUCCACUUUCGCUCUUAUCCACGGCAAACAGAGAAAUCGUCUGACACAAAAAUAUCUCGACAAUCUUGUAUAUGUUCACUACAAUCUGAGGUUGAGACUAAAAUGCAUUCGAGAGAAAGUUCAGUUGAAGUACACCGAUCCGAUGCUGGAUGAUUAUGCCGACGAGGACGACGAUCCGAUCAUCGGAUGGCUUGCAGGUCAACAGCAGGAGCCAGAGCUUGAUGAGCUGGGGUCCCCUCCACGACCAGCCAGUGUGGUAGCGAGGAAGAUCAGGGUGGAUCCAAGGCAAUGGGCAGAAGAAAAUAUUCCACAUAGGGUUCCAGCUGAUCAGCCACAGCCUGAGGAGACACAAGGGACUCAUUCAUCACAUGACUCGCUGUCCGAUACAUCUUCCCAGAGAUUCGAGCGAGAGAUGUAUAGACGAUCCUUCCGGCAGCCAGCAAGAAAACAUCCAUCCUCCCAAUCACAGGAAACUCAAUCACAGAGGGGCACAAGGGGGGAAAAAAAAGACAGUUGUACGUGCACCACUUUCGAGAGUAUAGGAGCUAUCUGGCUCAGAUACGGACACCAGGGAGAGUGAUAAUGAUACUGGUAGUAGUAAUCAUGGAUCUGAUGAUCAGGAAGGAACUGGAGGACAAAAGACCACCGUUUAUGAGACACAGCCACAGGAUGACAUUCGAUUCACCGAUGAGUCUCAGUUUACACAUGUCACACAGGAUAGGGAUCAUGGUGGACGAGUCGAUAGAGAUCGUGGGGAGCUGAUUU